GAUGUUUUGUUUUGGAGUUAUAGGUUUGGUUCUGUCUUUUUGAACCUGUUAUUGUUAUUUUAGUUUAUUGGUUUCUUUGAACAAAAAACGUGUAAAUGGAACCCGAAAUUUAUUUUAACAUUGUUUCUCACAUAAGAAAAAGCCGCGGUCUGACUAGAACUUGCAUGAAGCAGUUAGUAAAAUUAUUUCCUGAACAAAGUUAUGACACGUUAUUCAGUAUUUUGUCACUGGAAUACCAGAAACGAAUGAAAUGCAACCACAUGAAGACCCAAAUGAAUAAAAACAAGUAUUGGGAACUUUACCUAGAAGGAGUUAAAAACAUGGACAGUCCAGGCAUUAUAGUGAGGAUAGCUGAACGACUUGAUGUAGCACCAUGUUUGGUUGCGAAACUUAUUUUGAGUCAGUAUUUUGAGAAUAACGAAAGCUCAGGAUUGAGUGAUCAAGUAACCUUAAAUGUAAAUAGUUAUUUACGAGACACUACUUUGAUUCCGGAUAUGAAUUUGGCUUCUGAAAUUUUUUUAGUAGGUACUUUUGUAUUAACCGGUACAGACUCUUUAAUUUCUAAUUUAUACAUUAAUUCUGUGGGACAGCAGUAUGAGGUAAAACUGUGCAGAGAAGUAACUAAACUUGGUCUGGGAUUCAGAGAUGAAGAACAUCUCAGAAAACAUGGGUAUGAUAAAACUCCAGAUUGCAAGUUGGAGGUACCAGUAAUGAUUGACGGACUUGUGGUGAAUUGGAUUGAAAGUAAAGCUUUGUUUGGAGACGAGGACGUUCACAAGGAUUACAUGAAAAAUCAAUAUUUGAGUUACUGGAAUAGAUUUGGACCCGGCUUGGUAAUAUAUUGGUUUGGAUAUGUUCAAACUAUUGUAGAACCUAAUGACAAAAGGUUUACAAUUAGGGACCAUGUACCACAAAAUAUGAUUCAUAUAUCGCUUCCUAAUUUUGAAAUGGAUGAUACCCCUGGAACUGGAACUUGAAAGAUUUAUAUAUGGGGGAUUUAGUAUUUCUGGAUAUGAAAAAGGGACAUAUUCUCUGAAGUGGGAAACUUCAAUUGGAUCAGUCAGUGGAAACAAUAAACUUAUGGAGUAUA